UUCGAAUUGAGCCAAACUAUACCAGAGGCGAACAUUUGUACGUAAUUAUUUGUGAACAUAUAUAUGGAUUCUGUACUCGAAUUCGAAUGACGGCAGUUUCUUCGGCGGUGGCUCCGCCACCUGGGGUUGGCCGUGCUUGGUCUCGUAAAUCGUUUGCCGAUGUGGUGGCAGAUCGACCUGCACCCUUGAUGGAAAAAACUGCUACUCGCUACAAGGGGAUGCCUGCGAUCAGUUUUUCUGAUGCUGAAAUUGGCUUAUUAGCGGAUAAGCACAAACUUGCGUUGAUCGGAUAUUUUUACAAAGGAAAGCCAAGUCUUUUGGUGAUCCGCAAGGCUUUUGAAAAAAUUGGUUUCAAGGGGGUUUUUCAUCUUGGAGUUCUUGAUCCUAAACAUGUGCUGAUUCGCUUUGAGAUGGAAGAAGAUUUCAUUAGGUGCUGGAAUAGACAAAGUUGGUCUAUUCAGGGACAUAUCAUGCGUGUGACUAGGUGGACUCCAGAUUUCAGGCCUAAUGUUGAAUCCCCGGUGGUUCCGGUUUGGAUUUCAUUGGAGGGUUUGCCUAUUCAUUUACAGGACAAACGCGCUCUUUUUGAUAUUGCCAGGCUUAUUGGUAAGCCAGUGAAGACUGAUUCAGCAACUGCAAAUCUUUCAAGGCCUGCAGUGGCUAGAAUUUGUGUGGAGCUUGAUCUCACUAAGGAGAUGCCCCAUAGGGUCUGGAUUAAUUGUGGUUCGUCAGGUUUUUCUCAGUCUGUGGUCUAUGAAAAUAGGCCUGAUUAUUGCACGGCUUGUUUACACUUAGGACAUGUGCAGCAGAAAUGUCCUAAGAAGCAUGUAGAAGGAGUGCUUGCAGUUCAGGGACGAAAGCAUAAAACAGAUCAGGGGCAUACAUCUAAGAAGGUUCCAAAAUUAACAUGGGAACAAAAAGGGAAGGAGAAAGUUAUUGAGCAUAAAGAAGCUAAUAUACAAUCUACUUCCAGAGGUCUUAUUGAUGAGAUUUCUUCAGAAGAUGAGGAAGAGGUCUUUUUGGAUCCCUUGGAUCAGCCUGCCAUGGAGAUUAAAACUCAAAUUAGGGAGUUGCUUAAAUCAAAUAUAUCAGGUAUUACUCUUUCAGAUCCUAAGGACAUUCAAGGUAUUAAAGAUGAUAUUUUUAUUCAGGAGCUUGAUAAAAUAUUAGAUGAAGAUCCUGUUAAGGUGAGUAGGGAUUAUUUUUCUGAUGGGGAGAAGGACAUACCUGUUAAUACAGAGACUUUUCUUGAGGAUUGGCCUCAAAUUUGCAAGGGUAUUGACUUUAUUGUCAAACAGAAAGAAAGGGAGGUAGACCUGCAGCCGAUAAAUAAUCAUGUUCAGAGUAGUAUUGACCCUGGAGAUACUGCUGAAACUCAGCAGGAUGAAGAAAAUUUUACCAAGGUCACUAAGAAAAGGCAAAAGAAGAAAGCAGUCGAGGAUAAUCAAAUGAAGAUGAAUACCAAGAGUGUGGCUAGGGGGCAGGCGGCCCAACCUAGGUUUCCAUGAAUUGUUUAUUCUGGAACACCAGGGGCCUGGAAUCCUCCAGUUCUAGGCUACAUUCCCUGGUUAAACAAUGGAGGGUGCAUAUUUUGUUUGUUAUUGAACCAAUGGCAGACUGUUCCAAAAUUGAUAAUUAUAAGAAAGUUCUGGGUUUAGAUGGGGCAACAUGUUCUGAUGUUAACAAAAUUUGGGUAUUUUGGGAUAACAAUACAAUGACUCUUUCUGAUUUCACUUGGCACACUCAAUUUGUUCACUGCAAGAUACAUAGCAAUCAAUAUACAGGCUGGGCUACUGGGGUGUAUGGCAGGCAUAUUUACACUAUUAGAAGGCAACUUUGGGAUGCUCUUAUCAACAUAUCACAAAAUAAUCAAGGUCCUUGGAUCGUAGGAGGGGACUUUAAUGAAAUUGCUAAAUAUAGUGAGCAUAAAGGAAAGUCUUUACCAGUUAUUAGAGGGGUGACUGAGUUCUCAGAUUGCAUAUCAGCCUGUAGUCUUGUUGAUCUUCCCUAUGAUGGGCCACAAUAUACCUGGACAGGAAAUAGAGCAAAUGGGAGAGUUUGGAGAAGAUUGGAUAGAGUAUUAUUUAAUAAACAGUUCCUGGAUAUCUUUGAUACCAUUAAAGUCUCUAUUCUUAAUAGCUCACAGUCUGAUCAUAGUCCUAUUCUUACACAGUGUUCUAACACUGGUUUAAUUGGUCCGAAGGCUUUUAGAUUUCAAAAUAUGUGGGUGAAGCAUGAUUCUUUUAUGGGCUUUGUUCAAGAAAAGUGGGCUGCUAUUCAGACAGGAGGAGGUAUGAGGGGAUUGGUGAAUAAAUUGCAGGCUCUAAAGAAAGAACUUAAGGUUUGGAACAAAGAGAUAUUCGGGAAUAUAUUUGAUGAGAUCAAAAGGUGUGAAAAUGAGGUGUUGGAGGCAGAAAAGGAGUUCCAGAAUAACCCUAAUGAUACUACCAGGGAAAGCUGGUUUCACAAAAAGGGGCUUUUGACUCAGAAAUAUAAAUUGGAGAGAAAAUUCUGGAAACAAAAGGCUCAUCUACAUUGGUUGAAAGAAGGGGAUAACAAUAAUCACUUUUUCCACUCUUUUGUGCAGAUAAGAAAAAGAAAGCAGUGCAUUACCUCCAUUAAGGAUAAGAAUGAUCAGUUAGCCACUUCAUCUUUGGAAAUUGGGACAGCUGCAGUCAACUUCUUCUCUAACCUGUACACAGAACAAAAAAUAGAUAUGAAUAUGGAGUUACUGUCUAACAUUCCCCAGUUAAUCACUCAGGAGGAUAAUUUUAUGCUCACUCAGAUUCCAAAUCUAGAAGAGGUGAGGAAUGCUGUAUGGGAGUUAAGUCAGAACAGUGCCCCUGGCCCGGAUGGUUUCCAUGGUAAAUUUUAUAGAAAAUGCUGGCCAAUUGUAUGUAUGGAUGUUCUCAGAGCAACUCAGGACUUUUUUAUGGGGCAACAUAUUCCUAAAGGCUUCUCCAGCACUCAGAUUAUUCUUAUUCCUAAAUCAGAUAAUCCUUCUACCUUUAGUGACUUCAGGCCUAUAUGUUUGUCCAAUUUUACUAUCAAAAUCUGCACUAAGGUUCUGGCUACAAGACUUAAGCAAGUGUUACCCAAGAUUAUUUCUCAGGAGCAAGCAGGAUUUAUGGCUAAAAGAGACAUUGCUGAUCAGAUUCUUAUAGCACAAGAGAUGGUUCAUUGUAUAGACAAGAAGGUAAGAGGCUCUAAUGUCAUAGUCAAGCUUGACAUGGCUAAGGCUUUUGACAAAGUUUCUUGGGAAUUUCUAUCCCAGGUCAUGACUCAGUUUGGGUUUUCUACUCAGUUAGUACAUCUUAUUAUGAACAACCUACAGGCUACCUUUCUAUCUGUUCUCAUUAAUGGCUCCCCUCAUGGCUUUUUCAAACCCACUAGAGGUGUCAAACAAGGGGAUCCCCUUUCCCCUUUUUUGUUCAUUAUUGCAUCAGAAGUCUUCUCUAGAGGCUUGAACAAGAUGGUGGCAGAUGGCAGGAUUAAGCCUUUUUGGAUGGGAAAGCAGGGCUUGCCUAUUUCACACCUAGGUUUUGCCGAUGAUUUGCUCAUCUUUCUUAAUGGUGAGGCUAGGUCUUUGGUUCUUUUCAAGAAGUUUCUUAAGGACUAUCAAAAAGCUUCAGGUCAGGAAAUUAACUUUUGCAAAAGCUCAAUUAUAUGUGGCAAGUCAGCUUCCAGAAGGAUUAAUGUCAUUAAAAAUAUCCUGGAAAUGAAGGUCUCUUCCCUCCCUAUUAAAUACUUAGGUGUGAAUCUGCAUAAAGGUAUCAAUAGGUUUAACUACUGUGUUCACAUUAUAAAUGAAUUUGAGAAGAGACUAACUCCCUGGAAACAGAAAAAUCUCUCUCAGGGUGGAAAACUCAUCCUUAUUAAGCAUGUCCUGAAUGCUAUUCCAAUGCAUACUUUAGCUGUUGAUAAGCUACCUAAGAAGGUUGUUAAGAUCCUCAAUUGCAAAACGUCUUCUUUCUUUUGGGGAUCUUCUAAUAACAAGAGGAAGUAUCAUUGGAUUAGGUGGUCUAAACUUUGUUUACCUAAUUUGGAAGGAGGAUUGGGGAUCAGGUCAUUAACUGACAUUGAGAAGGCCUUCACUCUUAAAUUAUGGUGGAAAUGGAGGACAGAAGAUUCAUUUUGGGCUAAGUUUAUCAAAUCUAAAUAUUCCAGAGGGGACAAUAUGAUACCCAGAGUAACUGAUUCCACCAUUUGGAGAAGGAUAUGCAGUAUUCAUGACCUGGCUAAUACUCUUGUUUCCUGUGAUGAUAGUGGAAGUCUCAUCUGGAAUGAAGAGCAUGAUGGACAUUUCUCUUUCAGAUCUGCUUUUGAAGAGGUAAGAGAGGUAUCUUUCAAUCACUCAAUUUAUCAGAACAUUUGGGAUUCUAAACAGGAGUUAAAAGUUAAACUGCUUCAAUGGAAGAUUGUAAAGGGCAUAAUUCCUACAGCUGAUACUCUAGGAAGGCUUAAUAUUGUUUUGAAUCCUUCUAUGUGUCCUUUAUGUCGAAGAGCUAGUGAUUCAUUAGACCACCUUUUUUACAAGUGUUACAUUGCUAGAAGGGUUUGGCAAUAUUUCAUUGGGAUUUUUGGAAUUUACAUUCCUAUUGGCCAGGACUAUACUUCUUUCAAAUAUUGGAGGCCUAAAUCAAGCUCUACUAAUCUGGUUGGUGUUUUCAUUCAUAACAUAUUUGGCAUUGUAUGUUGGUUUCUUUGGAAAACAUACUCCAACCUGGUUUGGGGUACAGGGGACGUUGGGCACUCAGCUGAACAAAUUAUACUUCAGAUCAAGAUAUACACGCAAAGCUGGGUAAAAUUUUUAUCAAAGGAUAAGAUAAGGACCGUUGGGAGCAUAUUAAAGGAAGAACAUAUUAUACCAAACAAUUUCAUGAUUAAUCGACCAAACAUUCAGAUUAUCAAAUGGCAAAAACAUCAAAGGAAUAAGCUUAAUGUGGACGCCAGUUACUUAUCUGAUAAAGCCUUCGGAGGGGCUAUUUUACGUGAUGCUAGCGGCAAGAUGCUCUUAGCUGUGGGAUUUCCGAUAGACGCGAACUCUGCGCUGGAAGCAAAACUGAAAGCCAUUGUCAUAGCAACUCGAUGGAUGAUCGAUAGGGGUUUCUCGGACUUCUUGGUUGAGUCGGACUGUAAGGUUGCAUUGGAUUAUCUAGCCGGAAGGGAGACGAGGAGAUGGAAAGGGGAGAUUCAGGAAACCGCUCACCUAGCGAUUAGGAAACAGGUAACCUUCUCUCACGUGUACAGGGAUUGUAAUUGGGUGGCCCAUCACAUGGCGGCGGCCCAUUUCAGUCAGAUUAUAUUUCUAGAGAGCCCAAGUUCUUUACCGGUUCAUGCCAAACGGGCCUACUGGAUGGACCUUUUUGAUGAGCAAUGAACAAUCAACCUUGCGUGCUCGCCCAAACUAUGUGCCCUUAACCGAAGCUGAGCGCAACAAUGAAAAUGCGCUUUGGGUGACACCUCACAUGGUUGCAAACGAUCAAGAAGUGUUGAACCAAAUCAAACUCAUAAUUGGAGGACACUUUCUUGGGAACUGGGCAACCUACACGGAAGUUGACCCCAAGGUUCGUGAACUUUGGUGGAACCUGUUCAAGGCGGGGCCUAAGAAGAAGGUCUCGAUUCUCAAGGUCAUCAAGCACUGCUGGACGAAGCACGACGAUGAGUCGGAUGCCGAUCUUCCACCCCGCCUUGCUGAAACGAAACGAAGUAUAACACAACCGUUGAGAAGAAGCGUGCGGAACGAGGCUUGACCGACGAGGAUGAGCUCGAUUCUGAUGCGGAAGAUGAUGCCAUCGUUGAGGCAGCUGGGGUGUACAAGGGCCGGGUUCCGUGCAUGGGGGCUGAGGGGCAACAGAUUUUGUACGAUCGCAGCGACGCUUCAUCUUCUCGAUCAAGGCGGGGAGAGGAUCCAUAUAUCGCUCAAAUGCAGCGGGAAUUGGAGGAGCAGCAGCGCGCCUUAGAGGAACAGCGAUAGAAGGACGAAGAAACAAGAGCCCGACUGGAAGCGAUGGAACGGAUCCUCAACACCGGAAUUCGGUCUCAGCCUCAGCCUCAGCCGUAUAUACUGCACCCUGAGCAGACUCCUCAAGUUCCGCUGAUGGGCGGUUAUGUCCAUUCCAACUCUGUGUCCGGGUUGCCUUCAUAUAUAUUGAUCUUUUCAGGAUAUCAAUUUUCAUAACCUGUUUCAAACAUUUGGAGGCAGCCAAGGAGGAGGCAGCCAAGGAGGAGGCAGUCGUGGAGGAGGCAGUCGCGGAGGCCAAGGUGGAGGCAACCGCGGAGGCAACCGAGAAGAAGACGGGACCGAAGAAGAUUAUCUAGAGUAUGAUGAAUCUAGAUACUAUCAUAAUGGCCGGAGGAGC